AGAAGAUUUGGCAUGAUUCUUUUUCCGAAGAAGAAGACUAUACAAGAUGAUGGCAAACGUCCAUCUCCAUCAGACCAUCACCUACCAAAGUACCAAUGAUCCAUACACACACACCUUGUUCUUUUUUGACCGGCCGCAUGCGUAACAGAAGCAAACACUCCAACCCCACGGCCAUGGAGCUCCUCCCCUUCCUCCUCCUGCUACUCGUGGGCGCCACCGUGGCCUCCGGCGAACCGGCGUACCCUGGCUACGGCGCCACCGAGGCCGAGCCGGCGUGCGGCGUGAAGGAGGAGGCGGCGGUGCCUGUGCCGGAGAGGCGCGAGGAGUUCGACGGGGGGCGGAUCCUGGACAUCAGCCACUACUACCGGGAGGACAUGCCGGCGUUCGAGUCGGCGGAGGGCACGCCCGGGUUCCUGCGGCUGGCGCGCUCCAUGCGCAACGGCUCCGACAUCGCCAACUUCUCCGAGCUCCGGCUCACGGCGCACUCCGGCACCCACGUCGACGCGCCGGGCCACGUCUUCGAGCACUACUACGACGCCGGCUUCGACGUCGACACGCUCGAUCUCGCCGUCCUCAACGGACCAGCGCUAUUGGUAGAUGUUCCAAGGGACCGCAACAUAACAGCUGAUGUCAUGGAGUCCUUGCAUAUUCCUAAAGGAGUCCGCCGUGUACUCUUCCGAACCUUAAACACCGACAGAAAGCUUAUCUGGAAGAAAGAGUUUGAUUCAAGUUAUGUUGGCUUCAUGGAGGAUGGUGCUCAAUGGUUGAUUGAUAACACUGACAUCCAACUAGUUGGAGUUGAUUACUUGUCUGUGGGAGCAUAUGAUGAAUGUAUUCCGGCUCAUCUAGUUUUUCUUGAUAAAAGGGAAGUCAUCCUUGUGGAAGCAUUAAACCUUGAACAUGUUGCCACUGGAAUAUACACCUUGCAUUGCUUGCCACUAAGGUUGCGCGGUGCUGAAGGUUCUCCAGCGAGAUGCAUCCUCAUCAAGUAACAACUGCGCACGUAUAUGAUAUGAAAUAAGAAGAUAUGUGUAUCACGUACAUCAAUAUGAAUUUGUAAAUGGAUGUGUCCAAACUCCAGUAGAUAACAGAUGAAACAUACUACUAGUUUGCAGAUUUCUGCAAGGACUAAUAGGCUUACGCAGAUUGCGCAUUUUGUGGUGUA